AUGGCGAUUGGAAAAGUUAAGCGUAACCCCGACGCCGGGGUCGCCACUGCGGUGCAGUCUGUCAUCCAGCACCAGACUUUCAAGCGCAUGUUGCUUUUCGGACUGCGCUCGCUCUCGGACUUUUGCAGCCCUUCCAACCAACUUUACCAGGAAAAUGCCUUGGAUGCGAUGGAACGCGGAGUGCUGGUGGCCAUUCAAACUGCCGUCACCACUUUCAGCGACGACGACGAUUUGAUGCUCUGCGCCGCCCGCGUCCUUUGGGCGAUGAGUGUUGCCGUUAAGGAAGAAAUGGACUCCGCCCACAUCUCGCGUCUGCACUCGGAGGGGAGUCCCGUGAUUGUGGCGAUCGUGAACAGUUCGCCGACGGACCCGCAGACGAUCGAAGACACGAUGAAUUUCGUUGACAACAUGAACCGCGCAGGCGCACCCAUUGACGGGGCCUCGAUUGCGGGCGGAAUGUUGUCGAUUUUCUCCAAGGCGGCUCUCGGGAUGAAGACGGCGAAGCGCGUGACAGCGGCGCUGGCGAUUGCCGCGGAGACUGCGGAGGGUUCGACGGCGCUCUACAACGCUGGAGGGACGAGUGUGCUGCUGACUUACUGCCUGGAUCAGGGCGAUCUGUCGGAUGCCGGCGUCGAAAUGGUGGAGGGCGCUUUCGACACGGUGCGCCACAUGGCCGUGAACCAGUGUACGGACGCCACGACGCUGCCGCAGUGCAUCACGCUGAUGGACAAGUAUCGCGGCAGGAAGAGCGCGUCGGCGAAAGGUAGCUCGGCGCUUGCCGCGAUGGUGGGACCAGAACAACUGCAAAAGUGUCUGAACACACUAAAGUCUGCGGAGGCGGGAACGCCCGAGUACGACGAGGCUCUCGUGACGCUCGGCAGUAUGUCGUACAUUAGCUCCUUCACGGACGAGAUCGUGCGCGCGGGCGGUGUCCCACUCCUCAUUGAACUGAUCAACUCGGGGCUGCCGCAGAUGGAGUCGAACCCCGACAAGAUUGCCUCGAUGAUCAGCGGCGCAGCAAAAAUGUUGGCGCGCAUCGCCUCGAACCCCUUGAACGUGGACGCCAUCGUGCAGGCUGGAGGCGUCGCGACGCUCUGCACGGCCGUGUCCUACUGCACGGAGAGCAUGGAGGCACUCGGCGCGCUGUGCAUGGCCCUCGUCCCGCUGGCCUCGCGCGAAAGUCUCGCCCACGAAAUUGUCCAGUACCAGACCUUCGCGACCGUGUUGCCGAUUCUGUACCAGAACGUCGAGAACCCGGAGGUCGCCUCCCUCGCCAUGGAACUCGUCGCCACCGGGUCGCAACACGAAGAAAUCCAGGAACACAUGCUCCAGAACCAAGCCGCAGAGAUCUGCUCACUCUGCUGCCAGUACCACACUGCCGACGUCACCUACCAGCAACACGCGAUCUCCGCACUCAACCGCCUGGUCCCCCGGCUUACCACCUUGCACGGCGUCAGCGAAUACGGUGGCAUCCAAGGCGUCGUCGCCUCCCUCACCGCCAACGUGAACAACGAGCAAGUCGCCCUCCUCGCCGUCCAGCUCCUGGACAACUUCUCCGAGGUUGCUGACGCCAAGUCGUACAUGAACGACGGGUCAUGCGUGGACGCUGUUUUGGCGGCGAUGCUGGAGCACGAAGGCAACGACUUGUUGAUCAGCGCGGGCAUCCACUGCCUCGGGCGCAUUGCGACGGAAGAGGACUGCUCCCGUCACCUGAACGUCCUCGACUCGGCAAUUCAAACAGCGAGGGGAAACCCCGAUGGCGUGUACAGAGUUCUUGCCGCCAUUUCCGGCCUGUCCCGCGUCCCGAGUCUCCGGCAAAUCUUCGAACAGAAACAAGCAGGCAAGAAACAGAUCAGAAAAGGGUUGCUUCUCCAAAUCUGCCAGGGAUGCAGCAUGGCCAGACAUGCACCGAUACAUAGAAUUAUAGAGCUGCAUGUUCCGGGUGCCGUGGAAAGGCGGUUUUUGAAACGCACGCGUAUUUUUAUUCUGUUUCGGGGGGCGUUCGCUCGCGUCCUUGUCCCCUGUCCUCUUGCAUCCACUGACCUUCAUCUGUCGCACAAAGAGGCAUGCGCGGUUCCCUUUUUCACAGCCGACACCAUUUUGGCCGGUAUUUCCAGCUGGAUCGAGUGCACUCGAUUCGAGGGCCAGAGCCGCAUCAUCAAGGCUGCGUUGAAGACGGUGAAGAACAUGAAAAUCAGCGGAGAUGGCGAUUUGACGUCUUGCUUCGUUGCCAUGUGCGAGGUCGCGUGCCUACCUCAAGUGAAGCGUGUGGUGGAGUUGGAAGAACCGGACAACAACAUUUUGGUGUCGAACACGGAGGCGAUUCGCGAGCUUGCGGCGACGAUGCGCAUCGUUGGAGCCGAGAACGUGGAGCGGUGCAUCGAGGGAGUGUUGAAGGUGAUGCGCAAGUACCCGGACAGUCGUCGCGCACAGCUCCACUGCUUGGAGACUCUGAACUACCUUGCGCAGUGCGAUGGCGGCGCCGGCGUCGCCAUCCUCUCGCGCACGGGUGGCCUAAACGCGGUCGUCCAGUACUUGACUCGAGCGCCAAUGUAUCUCGACUCUCAGAUUGCAGGCUUCACGGUCCUGGCGACGUGCGCCAAGAUCGAUCCGAGCAUCGGCGAGACGCUGCGCAAGUGCAACUGCCUGCAGGCCCUCAAGGUGGCGAUGCGCACGCACGCCAAGUCGAAGGAGUUGAAGCGAACGAUUGCGCCGCUCGUGGCGCUUCUGAUGCCCACGGACGCACUCGAGGCGGAGAUCACGGAACUCCUCGCCGAGUGCUCGGCAGCGUGCGACAAGAACAACUUCAGCCAGCUCCACGAAAACCUCGCAGCCUUGAACGAGUUGCUGAUCUCGUCUGAGGGCGCCAAGAUCGCCGCGCGCGCCAACAUUGGUCAGCACAUGUGCAAGUUCCAGGAGUACAUUGUGAGUCACGAGGCGGAUGCCUUGGCGGUGACGGACUACGACAUUUUAGGCAAGGACCUGUUCGACGCGACGGUCAGCGAGUGCGCGCACGCCAUGGAGCAAGUCGCGACGGUGCGCUCGGGACGCACAGCCCUGAUCAAGGCCGGAAAUGUCGCGACGUUGAUCAACCUGUACGAGUCGCUGAAAGGUCCUCAGAGCCAGUACUCCGAGGAGGCGGCCAUACACUGCCUGGAGGCGCUGCGCCUGCUUCUCAAGAGCGACAAGCGAUCUGCGGAGCUCGCCUUCGAACGCAACUUUGUCAGCACGUUGUGCGUGGGAAUCGACAACUUCCCUCACAGCGCGCCGGUCUUGGGAGCGACUUGCGGCUGCCUCGCAGCGAUGGCGACAACGCCCGAGCGCGUCCAGAUGCUCACAUCGCAGCCGGCCUUCGAGUUGCUGCUCCAGAAACUCGUUUUCGUCAUCCAAAACGACCCGAGCCGAGAAAACAAGAUGGUCGCCAUGCGCGCCCUCCAGGAACUCCUGGAAAUCACCAACGACGCCACCAUGGCGAACAAAAUCGCCGAGGCCGGUGCCGUCACUGCGCUCUUCCGCAUGAUCGACGAAUACGGCGACGAUGACCAACUCUCCGUCCAAGCUGCGGCGGUCCUCGCCCUCCUCGGAGCCUUCGAAGACCUGCGACGCUUCUACGACAACGACGUUCGUUUCCCCGCUCAGGUGUUGACGGCGGCUCUGGCGAAGCAGAAGAACAACGAGCCUGCGGUGGUCCACAUUUUGGAUGUGCUGAACAAGCUGGUGACUGUCGAGGAUCGCGCGGUGUUGCGGGAGUUGGGUGUGAUGGAACAAGUGGCGGAUGCAAUGCGCGUGAACAGCGAGAGCGAGGCUGUGACGCGUCUGGGAGGCGAGCUGUUCGCCAAGAUGGGCGCCGACGAGCAGAUCAAGUCGCUCAUGCUCCAGAUCAUCGAGGCCGUGGAAAGCGGCGCAGAAGACACGGCGCAGCGGGUCGACAUCUUGUGUGCGCGCCUGGCCAUGUUCCUGGCCGCGCCGCUCGAGGACCCGAAGGACGCGCUGCAGCACACCGAGAAAUGCCUAGGGAGCCUGGUCGCCACCCUCCAGGCGUACCCUGGGAACGAGCGCCUGGAGAGUAACAUCGCCCUCGUCACGCGUCGCCUCUGCGACCGCUGCUUCGACGACGCAAACGAUCCGUAUGGCGCCUGGGCCGUGGCUUCCUCGGGAAUGCUCUCGCAGUUUGCAAACAUGAUUGCGGGCGAGACAGUCGCCAACAACAAAAAGUUCCUCGGCUCCGCCUACCGCACUCUCACUGCGUGCUGCGUGAACCCGUACUGCAUGCCCACCAUGGUGGAAGUCGCCCCGACCUUCCUGCCGCAAACCUACGCCCUCUUGGAAAUGCACAAGAACGACGCCGAGACUGUCAGCCGCAUCCUCGAAUUCCUCCGGUACUUCGCCGAGGACGCCACCGCAUGCGGCCUCAUCAUGCAAAACAUGAGCGGCUCCAGCGGAGACAUGGUUGCCCUCACCGUCUUGCUCAUGCAACAGCACCAAAACAACGAUCAGGUGGUUUGCGCUGGCAUGGAACUUCUCGGCGCCCUCGCGUACACUCUCUCUCAGGCGGGCUAUGAGCCUCUUCCCAAACUUGCGGACGGAUCGGUCUUGCGCGACUGCGACGCCCUCGUGGGCUCGAAUUCUUCGUCUGCGCGGCAGCUCGCACACAUGCACAUGAUUGAGAAGAUGCUCCUCAGCAAGUCGUACAACGACGCAUUGGUGAAGGAGCAAGAGCUGAAGAAACUUGUAAUGAACCUCAAGGCUGAAGACGACAAGAAACGUCUUUCUGACGACGAGAGAGCAGGCCUAUAUUCCGCGAUGGCGUGCGUCCUGUUGGCUGCUGGAGGGGCGGGUUUGACGGGCGAGCUGGAGAAAUUCAACUGUUUCGAAGUAGUGUUGCAAGCGAUUGAGGAGUUUGGCGAGAACCCGUCGGUGAUUAAGGAAGUGAACCGCGCGCUCCAAGGUCUGUCGGUGGCUGACGCGAACAUGACGGCGCGCACGGUGAAGGAGGCGAUCCCGAAGCUCUGCACGGAGGCGACGACGGCGAUUCAGACGGACCCGGAGUGCGCAGACACUUUCUGCGACUUGAUGCUCCAGCUCGUCUCGCAGGAGGGGAAUGGCAGGCAGCUGCUGGAAGUCUACGGCAUGGAGGAGACGCUGCAGGGUUUGGAGAACUUGGCGGCGUACUACGGCGAAGACUUCGGCACGCAGUUGUCCGAGAAGGUUGCGAUGAUUCGCCAGGCGAUGGAGGACGAUCAGCCGCGCGAGAAGACGUGUAAGGACGUCUACGAGUUGCUCAACGCGCGCGUGGCGCAGGGACUGUCGGUGGCGAUCAGCGAAGUAGCGAUUCUGCAGGGAGAAGUUGAAUACCUCUUCUCGCAGAUGGGCAUGUACAACCAGGAGCAGCUCAACCACCAGACGGCGAUGGGCGCAGAUCACCAGUACGGCAACAUGGCCUUCGAGCUCCUCGCCUCGACUCCCGCAAACGUCAAACUCCUCCAAGCGAACGAAUUCUCCAAGAUGGAGUUUGCGCUCAUCAAGGGCCAGAAGGACGAAGAAAUCGUCCUGUAUGCGGUGAAGGCCCUCGCCGCGUUCUGCAAGUUCCCGCCCGCGGCCCAGGACACUGCGCGCAUCCAAGGCUGUCCCGCCCUCGUCACUGAAGCCUGCGCGAAGAUCAACAAGAACGGAUCUCUCGCAAACGACCGCAAAGAGGAACACCUCUGCGCGCGAUACUUCCUCGUCGAACGCACGGCCAUCAACCGAAACUUGUACAACAAAACGCCCAUCAUGACCGAACUGAUCUCGUCCUGGAACGACUACGACAAAGGCAUGUACACCACCACUGUCCUCAGACACAUUUUCCGCGCCAUGCGUCGCGUGGUGUCGGACGCGCACGUCGAGGAGCUGUUGAAGGCGAACGUGCUGCAGCGUUUGAUUGGCAUCGUCUCGGACGUGAAUGCAGACGUUGCGCUGCUGCCCGAUGUGCUUUUCUUGCUCGGAAGUUUGGCGGUUGUCCCCGAGAUCAAGACCAAGAUUGGCGAGUUGAACGGCAUUGCCGCGUGCACGGACUUGCUGAACCGGUCGUUGCCGAAGCCGAACACGGCACCCGUGGUCACCAACGUCUGCCUGGCGUUUGCGAACAUUUGCAUUGGACACAAGAAGAACACCGAGAUCUUCUCGAAACUCGGCGGCCCCGCCCUCAACGUGAAGGUCCUCAACGACCGCGGCCACGAGUACGACGUUUGCAACGCCGCCAGUGUCUUGCUUUGCAACUUGCUUUACAAGAACGAGAGCAUGAAGAAGCUGCUCGGCACGAACGGCGCGCCUGCCGCUCUGGUCAAGGGUUUGUCGAACUACGACGGUUCGGAGGACAAGACGGCCAUCCGUUGCUUGGAGUCUGUUUUCAAGGCCAUCAGCAACUUGUCUCUGUACACGCCAAACAUUCGGCCUUUCCUCGACGCAGGAAUCGAGAACGCGUACAGCACGUGGCUGAGCAACUUAAGCGAGACUUUCCCGGACGCCCAGCUGGAGACGGGUUGCCGCACGCUCGCGAACUUGGUCAUGGAGAACGAAGAGAACAACAUGAGGAAAUUUGGUGUCUGUUUGUUGCCGUGCAUGGCUGUUGCCAAGCAAGGCCGUACCGACACCAAGGCACUGAUUCUUCUCCUCGACAUCGAGGCGAGCCUGUGCCGUCUACCGGAAAACGCCGCGACGUUCGCGGAUAACGGAGGCAUUGAAACCACCAUUCGCCUGAUUCACCAGUUCGACUACGACGUCGGUCUCCUCACCCUCGGUAUUCACCUUCUCGGCAUCCAGAGCAGCGUGAAAAACUCGAUCCAAAAGAUGCUGGACGCCGACGUCUUCUCCAUCCUGGUCGGAUGCGUCGAGGUCGACGCGGAAGGAAAUGAAGUGACCGAUCUCGUCGUUGGCGGCCUUCGAUGCACGAGACGUAUUGUGCGCAGCGAAGAGCUCGCAUUCGAAUACUGCAACGCCGGAGGCAUUGCAACGAUUGCGAAUGUGAUUUGCAAGUCGAUUAACCAGCCGAUGGUGAUGUUGGAGGCCUGCCGCGUCCUCCUCGGCCUUCUGUUCUACACGACUCGCAGCCAGGCCGAGCGCCAAGCAGCUGUCGAGGCGCUGCAUGCGGAGUGCCAGCAGCGCGCUCAGGAGAUGCAUGCACAGGCCCAGGCCGACUACGAGGCAGGAGCGGUCGCCGAGCCGCCGCCCGAGGAAAUGGAAGUCCCCGAACCCGACCCUGAUGAGCUUGCUAACGCCGCCUACGGUGGAUGGUACCAGAUGGGCAUGGACGAAGUGAUGAUUGACGCCAUUCUCCAGGCCGUUUGCGCGUGCGCAACUGUGGAGACGCAUGCAAAGCAGCUGCGGCUUCAGCGCGUGUGCCUCGGCUUGGCGGCUUACUUUGCCUCUGAGCAAAUGGGCACCAGCAGUCUCGUUGGUAGCGGCAUUGAACAAGUCCUCACGCAAAUCAUGACCAACUUCGCGGGAGAAGCGACGACGAUGCAGCUCAGCUGCGUCAUCAUCAACUCCAUUGCCAUGACUAGCGGAGACAUGUUCGACGAAAUCAAAACUCCUGAACUCCUCGCUGCUCUCAAAUCCAGCGUAGGCAAAAUGGCCACAAAGAAGGCCGAGGAGAAGGCCCUCAAAGAAUCGUGCGCCAUGACCCUUGAAGCCGCCACUUCCGGCGCAGAUCCCUUCGACGCCUUCAGCAAGACAGUGACCGAGCUUGACUUCAAGUUCACCGAGUGGAACGUGGAUCCUUACCCGAACGGCGUCCACGACUUGCCUUCGAAUGUGAAGGAGGCUCUUCGAAAGGGAGGCAAAAUGAAGGUGUUCUUGCCCGGAAAAGAGAGCGAAGAAAUCAAGUGGCGCAGUUCUCAGGACCUCAACGUCUUCGAAUGGUGCAUGGGGAACGAUACAGACUUCAACAACCGCAUCCCUAUCGUGCGCAUUCGCAACGUCGCAAAGGGCCUCGUCCAUCCGGCCCUCCAGGCUGCCGCGAAGAAAGAGCCCAGAAAAAUUACCCCCAAGUUCACGUUGUGCUUGUUUGGGCCGCCGAAUGAUGACUUCCCCAAUGGUGUUGAGUUGCCGAUGAAGGCCAAGACGCAGAAGGAGCGCGACUCCUUCGUGGAGAUGAUGGUGCAGUGGCGCGACGCUGCAACGUACAACUUUUGA